AUGAGGCAGAUCAGCUCCCUGGCGCUCCUCAAUGCCGUCCACUCCCUUACGGUGGCAGCUGCCGGCAGCUUGCCCCGUGGAGUUAGCCCCGAGUUUGCCGAGCAUUAUCAGGACAAGGAGGAAUUCAGCUGCAUUACCGAUGCGUCCAUCAAGCUGAGCAUCGACCGAAUCAACGAUAACACCUGCGACUGUCCAGAUGGAUCUGAUGAGCCUGGCACAGCAGCCUGCGCCCUCCUCGACCCUCUGUCCCCUGAGCAGCCAUUCCCCGGAUUUUCUGCCAGGUCAACCAAGAGGACACCCGCCAUCCCCGGCUUCUGGUGCGAAAAUAAGGGCCACAUUGGCGCUUACGUCCCCUUCGCGUUCGUCAAUGACGGUGUCUGUGACUAUGAACUGUGCUGCGACGGCACUGAGGAGUUUGGUGGCCGCACAAAGUGCGAGAAUAAGUGCACGUCAAUUGGCAAGGAGUACAGACGACUGGAGGCCGAGAAGAAGGCCAAGCUGGAGCGUGCUGGUAAGAAGCGCCUGAUCAUGGCUAACGAAGCAGCCGAGCUCCGUCGCCGGCUCGAGUCCCAAUGGUACACGCUCACGGAUGAGGUGAAGGCGCUCGAUAUCAAGGUUGCGGACCUGAAAAAGAAGUAUGAGGAAGUCGAGCUUCAGGAGAAGACCAAGGUGGUGAUGACCGGAGGAUCUGGAGGACCGGGAGGCAAGCUGGGGGUCCUGGUGGGCGUGGCCAAAGCCCGCGUCGAGGAGCUCCGUAACACCCUCGACAGCGUCCUCCGUCAGCGUGAUACGUACAAGGCUAGGGCCGAGGAGCUUGAGACGAUCCUGGCCAAGCUCAAGCGGGGAUACAACCCCAACUUCAACGACGAGGGUGUCAAGUCUGCCGUCAAGUCGUACGAGGACUACGCCGCGCGUGACGGAACUGAUACUGCCCUGGACAGCACCCCUGACUCAUCGAUCCUCGAGGUUCUCAAAGCCGAUGGCGAAGCAAGCGGCAUUAACUGGAAGGAGUUUGAGACGGGUGAUGCCCAGGACGAUACCGACAUCCUAUACGACUGGCAAGCCUACCUCCCGGGUUUCCUGCGCACAAUUGUCAACGACAAGCUGACAGGGCUGCGCGUGUGGCUGAUCCAGAAUGGCAUGCUGUCGGCAGGUGGCACGCCCGGAUCCGAGUCUGAUCUGACCAAAGCUGCUCGCGAGGCCAAGGAAGCGGCUGAGAAGGAAUUGAAGAAGAAAAAUAAAGACCUCGAGAAGACGACGAGCGACCUGAGCACCUACUACGGACCCGACGACAUCUUUCGUGCCCUAAAGGACCAGUGCAUCAGCACGGAUUCAGGCGAAUACACGUACGAGCUCUGCUGGCUGGGCCGCACGUCGCAAAAGUCCAAGAAGGGCCACGGCAACACGGGCAUGGGUUCGUUUGAGCGUAUCGAUUUCGAAAUCGCUGACGAGGAGGAGCGCCUCGAUGGCCGCAGCCUCGGCAAGGGCCAGCGCAUGGUGAUGCGCUACGAGAACGGUCAGGCCUGCUGGAACGGCCCCAAGAGGCGUACCGACGUCUGGAUCGGCUGCGCCGAGACGGAUGAGCUCUGGCGCAUCAGCGAGAUGGAGAAGUGCGUCUACAGGAUGGAGGUUGGCACUCCCGCUGCCUGCGAGCCUGCGGCUGACGGACAGAAGCCUGCCGGCAAGGAUGAGCUGUGA